ACAUUACUAUCGGAAGAUGGACAAGUGAUGUUAUUGACACUUAGAGAAGUAAGGGGCACAGCAAGAUUGCAUGCUCAAGCUGCCAAUCUACUAUUUCGUCCUCAGAUAGAAGCACUAUGCGCUUAUAGAGACGUAAGUGGGAUUUUUACAACGCAAUUACCUGAGAGCGCGGACGAUGAGCAGACUGAAGAAGAGUACAAUGUAGAGGAACCAUCUGUACUUAGCAACAUUGACAAUGAAGAUGACCUAUUAUACGGUGAUGCUCCAGCAUUCCAAAUGCCUGCACCAUCAUAUCAAAAAACAUCAGAUGGCACUACUAAGAAACCACCUUGGUGGCAAAGACAUUUGCAAGAAAUUAAGUCUACGUACUGGCUACUUGUAUAUAGAGAUAGCGGAACGCUAGAAAUUUAUUCCUUACCCGAUUUACGAUUAUCUUAUCUUAUUCGUAAUUUCGGCUAUGGCCAAUAUGUGUUGCAUGACAGUAUGGAAUCCACAACUUUACAAUCAACGCCGGUGAAUGAAAUUCCCCAUCCUGAUAUGCAGGUCCGUGAAAUUCUAAUGGUUGCCCUAGGACACCAUGGAAACCGGCCAAUGCUCUUAGUGCGUCUUGAUUCGGAAUUACAAAUCUAUCAAGCUUACCGGUAUCCAAAAGGGUAUCUAAAAUUGAGAUUUAAGAAAUUGGAUCAUGGAAUAAUUCCAGGACGUUUAAGUCCAAGACCCAAAGAAGAAGACAUUCCAAGAAACGCGAGCGAUACUCGUAUCUGCGUGAUGCGUUACUUUAGCAACAUCGCUGGAUAUAAUGGAGUAUUUAUCUGUAGCGAUUAUCCGCAUUGGAUAUUUUUGACUGGACGCGGUGAAUUACGCACGCAUCCAAUGGGCAUUGACGGCUCCAUCACAUCUUUUGCUGCUUUUAACAAUAUUAAUUGUCCUCAAGGUUUUCUGUAUUUUAAUAGAAAGGAAGAGCUACGAAUAUGCGUUUUACCGACACAUUUAUCAUACGAUGCUCCAUGGCCAGUUAGAAAAGUUCCUUUGCGAUGCACCCCACAUUUUGUUACAUAUCAUCUUGAAAGCAAGACCUAUUGUGUUAUAACAAGCACAGCUGAACCUCUGAAAAGUUAUUACAGAUUUAAUGGUGAAGACAAGGAAUUUACGGAAGAGGAGCGCCCAGAAAGAUUUCUUUAUCCAUCUCAAGAACAAUUUUCUAUUGUACUGUUUUCUCCAGUAUCAUGGGAAACUAUUCCGAAUACAAAAAUCGAAUUGGAUCAAUGGGAACAUGUUACUUGCUUAAAAAACGUGUCUUUGGCUUAUGAAGGAACACGAUCUGGUUUGAAAGGUUACAUAGUGUUAGGAACAAAUUAUAAUUAUGGCGAAGAUAUCACAAGCAGAGGACGAAUACUUAUAUUCGACAUAAUUGAAGUAGUACCUGAGCCUGGGCAGCCAUUGACUAAAAAUAGAUUUAAACAGAUUUAUGCAAAGGAACAAAAAGGUCCUAUAACUGCUAUAACACAAGUAUCAGGAUUUUUAGUCUCAGCUGUUGGACAAAAAAUUUAUAUUUGGCAAUUGAAAGAUAAUGAUCUUGUUGGAGUUGCUUUUAUCGAUACUCAGAUCUACAUUCAUCAAAUGCUAAGUAUCAAAAGUCUUAUUCUGAUAGCCGACGUCUACAAAUCCAUUAGUUUAUUAAGAUUCCAAGAAGAAUAUAGGACACUUUCUCUUGUCAGUAGAGAUUUUAGGCCUGCAGAAGUGUAUACAAUAGAAUAUUUAAUUGAUAAUACAAAUUUGGGAUUUAUCGUGGCUGAUGGAGAGAGUAACAUAGCUUUAUUUAUGUAUCAACCCGAGUCCAGAGAAAGCCUAGGAGGUCAAAAACUAAUUAGAAAGGCAGAUUUUCAUCUAGGACAAAAAGUGAAUACUUUCUUUCGUAUUAAAUGUAGAGUGACUGAUCCUGCAAAUGAUAAGAAACAGUUUUCUGGUGCAGAUAAGAGACAUGUUACCAUGUAUGCAUCGUUGGACGGUAGCCUUGGUUACAUUCUGCCUGUACCGGAAAAAACAUAUCGGAGAUUACUUAUGUUACAAAAUGUAUUAGUUACACAUAUCUGUCAUAUUGCAGGCUUGAAUCCGAAAUCUUAUCGCACGUACAAGAGUUACAUACGAAAUCAAGGAAAUCCAGCAAGAGGCAUCAUUGAUGGUGAUUUGGUUUGGCGUUAUCUUUUCUUACCAAACAAUGAAAAAGCUGAUUUGGCCAAGAAAAUUGGAACGCGUGUUCAAGAAAUUAUUGAAGAUAUUAUUGAAAUCGAUCGCCAAACAGCCCAUUUUUAAUCGCAAUUGUAUUAUAUUUACAUAGCUAAUUUAUUAUUUUUAUAUUGAAAAUAGCUAUAAGAUAGCACUUUGCCUGCAGCAUUACAGUGUUAAAUGUAUGUAAUAGUAUGUACAUCUUGAAAUUAUCACAGCAUAUCUUGCAAUUGUUCAAUGUGUGUAUCAUGUUAUUGAACCUAAAUUUAUUGUACUUUAAUUUCAAACAAUAACGCAGAGGUAUAAUUUAUUAUUUUAUUAAUUUUAUCAAAAAUGAUAACACUAUAAUAUUUUUUUUUGCCAUAGAUCGAUGAAUUUAUUUAUGCAUAAUUAAACCAAUAAAAAUUUUGUUUACGUUAUUGUGACAUCUUCUCAAAUGCGUCCAUCAAUUAUAUCGCCCGGAAGAAAGAGUACCCUUGAAAGACGGUUAACUUUACGAAGAGAAACUCAAAAAUGUACGUACUAGUCAACGAUUCUGUAAAGUUAACAUGUACAGAUGUAAAAAAUAAAAUUUCUCAAUUUCUUAAACAAA